AUGCAAUUGAGCAUCUCAAGGCAACGAACCAUCAUCUUAUUCUUAUCCUUAUUGCUCCAAGCACAACAUGCAUGGGGAGCUUUUUCAGCAAGCAUGGAUUGCUCUGAUCCGUGUACUGUGAGAGCCGGUGAUAGUAUCCCUAUACAAUGGGUGGAUGCGCCUCCAAAUGAAAUGGUUUCGGCUUGGCUUGUAUGGCAAAGCUCAUUAUUACAUCAUACGUCUUCAUUCGUCGACGUUCCUAUGGACGAUACCGAUGGUGCUGCAGGUCGUGGAGAAGCCAAAAUCGACAUUGGAGUGGCUACAGGAGACUAUUACUACCUUCGAGUGCAGCUCAAAAACCACUAUAAUCAAGACCAAACCCUGGGCCCUAUCAGGAUUAUUGGCAGCAACGAUACGACCCCAUCGUCUCUUAUUACACCAGAGACAUGGCAAGUACGCCCUUUUUGCUAUGAACCAUGCAGUGGUGGAUAUAGCAAGGUGCAUUCGGGCGAUUGGUUGCGGCUUGAAAUGACCGGCAUACCUGAAAGUACAACUACGGUGACUAUCGAAUUGGUAUGGGAUAUGUCCACUGUCACCACCUUGCUCUUCCAAGAACCCGUCAAGGACGAAAUGUUUGUCAUGAUACCUUGGGAUGAGGAAGCACCUCCUGGAGAUUUCUAUUACAUUUCCGUUCUUGAUGGCGACAACUACGGCUACAGAACAGCAUCUACACUUUUUUCGAUCACAAACGAGGUCGCCCUGUCAAAUCCAGGUUAUACACCAGAGCCUGUGCAGCAGUUUAUUACACCGGUAACUCAAAUCCCCGAUCAUUUGCUGAAUGAUGGUAAAGAAGAAGAAGGGAAUGCCCCCACGGGUAGUCAUCCACGCAUUGUAUUUUCAAGCAUAAUGGUAGCUGUUGUGGUUGCCUUGGUCUCGUGUCUCAUCCACUGA